GCGCGUCGUGUACUAUGCGCAUGUCAUCCGCGUUUCGUAGCCUCACAUUGGACGCUUGCCUUUCGUGCCUGUCUAGGUACGUUUGCCCCGCAACUUCACCGGCCAUACUUUGGCUUCAUCAACAACCGAAAUGGCCGACAACUUACCUUACCGAUCGAAGGAUGAACCGGACGACCCAGCCAGAGCAGAAGAUGCUGACGAGGACGAAGAGGAAGUCGAUGAGACCGGCUAUAAGACAGUCAAAGAUGCUGUCCUCUUCGCCAUCGAGGUCAGCGACUCAAUGUUACGAAAACCUCAAACCUCAUCAUCAAAGAAGGCCGACACCACUUCCCCCCUUUUGGCCGCGCUCAAAUGUGCGUAUCAUCUCAUGCAGCAACGCAUCAUUUCUACACCUCGGGAUCUGAUGGGGAUUUUGCUGUAUGGCACAGAGGCGACCAAAUUCUACGACGAAGAUGAAAACUCCCGAGGCGGCUGGUCUUUUCCUCACUGUUAUCUUCUCACUGACCUCGAUGUCCCAGAGGCGCAGGAUGUAAAGGCGCUCAAGGAAUUGACAGAGGCAGAAGAUCCAGAGUCCAACGAAAUCUUUAAACAAUGCAAAGAACCAGUCUCUAUGCACAAUGUUCUGUUUUGUGCAAAUCAAAUCUUCCAACAGAAGGCAGCAAACUUCUCUUCUCGACGGCUGUUCUUGGUCACAGACAAUGACGAUCCACAUGCCACAAACAAGGGCACUCGGUCCCAAGCUACGGUCAGAGCAAAGGAUCUGUACGACUUGGGUGUGAUUAUAGAGUUGUUUCCAAUCUCAACUCCAGACCACGCAUUCGAUACGAAGCUCUUUUACGAUGACAUUGUCUACAAAGCGUCGCCAUCAGACCCCGACGCAAUUGCCUACAAUCCUCCCUCCAUCGUCGACACUGACGCCUCCAAGUUGGCGGCUGGCUCCAAUGAUGGAAUCUCCUUGUUGCAGUCCUUGCUGUCAAGCAUUGCUUCCAAGGUGACACCCAAACGGGCUCUCUUCUCUGCGGUAAAUCUCGAAAUUGCACCUGGCUUCGAGAUAUCUGUCAAGGGCUAUUUGCUGUACAAACAUCAGAAGCCAGCUCGAAGCAGUUACAUCUACCUAGGUUCGGAGCGUCCGCAAAUUGUAACUGGCCAUACCGAUCAGGUAGCGUACGAAGGCCGCAAGAUCCAGAAGGCUGAGAUUCGCAAAGCCUACAUGUUUGGUGGUGAGCAAAUCACUUUCACUGAGGAAGAGGCCAAGUCACUGCGUAACUUUGGUCCUCCAGUCAUUCGAGUGAUUGGAUUCAAGCCAGUGUCGAAACUACCUCUGUGGGCCAACAUCAAGAACUCGACUUUCUUAUACCCCUCUGAAGAAGCCUAUGUCGGAAGCACUCGAGUGUACAGCGCCCUACAUCGCAAGCUGGCUAAGGACAAGCUAUUCGCCCUCACCUGGUUCGUACCAAGAAAGAAUGCCACGCCUGUUAUGGCUGCCAUGGUCCCAACUCUCUCUGCAAAACCGACUGAAGAGAACUCCAAUGCCGCAGGUGCUUCCAUUACUGGUGCGCCUCAGGGUCUGCACCUAAUACCACUCCCGUACGCAGAUGAUAUCCGGCAAAACCCACCCACAACCCACGAAACUCCUCUACGUGCUCCGGACGAGCUCGUGGACUCCAUGAGACCAAUCAUGCAACAGCUCAACCUUCCCAAGGGCAUCUAUGACCCUUCGAAAUACCCGAACCCUAGCCUCCAAUGGCAUUAUCGCAUACUUCAGGCACUUGCACUUGACGACGAAAUCCCUGAAAAGCCCGAAGACAAGACUGUCCCGAAAUACCGACAAAUAGACAAGAGAGUGGGCAGCGAGACGACUGAAUGGGGCAAGACCCUCGAAAAGGUGUUCAAAGAAUAUCAAGUUGAAAAUCCAGAUACGAUAUCUACAGGAUCCAAACGGUACACGAAUGGACAAUCCUCGAGCGCUGGUGGUGCGUCGAAGAAGGUCAAGACCGAAGCAGCAGGCGGCGUUGGUGAAGAGGACAUCAGAAAGCUCUGGGAGAAAGGCAAACUAGCAAGUCUGACGGUGGCGCAACUGAAGGAAUUCUGUGGCUCGAAGAAAAUAUCGGCGACCGGCAAAAAGGCAGACCUUGUUGAGAGAAUUGAGGAAUGGCUGGAAAGUAAACGAUGAUGAAGUGCCUGAUUGCAUUUUAUUUGUGUAUUAAUACCUGGUAGGCUCACAAGAUACCCUUGACGUGCGUAUUCUGCUGAUGAGGAGAACCAAUGAACCACGGAGGUUGUCCUGUGAUCUUGCAUCUUAUGUAUCGUUGUCAUUAUUGAAAGGUUGUCUGGUCAAUCAUUGCACUCCCAGUCAUAUCCUGAAAAGGACGCGACUGGCACUGCACCCAAGAUCGGCCGAAGAUGGUUGAUCUCCAUUCCAAUAGACGAUUUCCGUACAUCAUGGGUCACCGUAGUGUAGCCUCGUAGGAACGCUUUUGCAGGAACGUUGGUUUUUGCGUUGUUCAUAUGAAGAAGAAAAAAGAGAAGAGAAAGUCAAGUUUGUUGUUUUGAAGCAAAAAAUAAUUCUGCACACGAAAAUCCAGUCACGUGCCUGGACUUGCGGAAAUGAUCUUCCUCUGCU